AUGGAGCGUAGCCGCAGCCGCGCUGCUCCCAGUGGUGCUCUGACCGCGGCCGGGGCGCUGCAAGCGCUGACUGAGGCGCUGCCGAAAUCGCCGGGGGACGAGGACGAAAGUCGCGUUCACUUUCCAUGGCAAGCUGGCUUGGUCCUGGACUGCCGCUACCAGAUUCAAGAGCUUUUGGGCGACGGAGCCUUUGGACGAGUGCUGAAAGCCCGAGAUUUGCAAGAGGAUACGGAUGUGGCUUUGAAGGUGAUUCGAGAUGUGGAGCGCUACAGAGACAAUGCCCAGGUGGAAGUCAACAUUCUGUUAGAUCUCCGGAAGGCAGACCCAGAGGAUCAAUUCCACUGUGUGAGACUGUUGGGGGCCUUCCUCCAUAGCGGUGUGUAUUUUUGCAUCGUGACGGAGCUCUUGGGCGAUGCCUUGUACGACUUCUUGAAGUGGAACGGCUACCGCGGCUUCUGGUUGCAGGACAUCCAGAGCUUUGCGCAGCAGACCUUGCGGGCGUUGGCCUUUCUGCACUCGCUCAGCUUGACGCACACCGAUUUGAAGCCCGAGAACAUCUUGCUGCAGACGCGCAGUCUGCCGCAGGUCUCGACGUUUCCACGGGGAGAGUUGCAGCCACCGUCACCCAGGUACGCGGAGCUGCCCUACAUCCGUCCGGCGGACCGUCGGGUGAAGCUGAUCGACUUUGGCAAUGCCACCUACGUUGACAUGCAUCACUCCUCCAUCAUCCAAACGCGACAGUAUCGUUCUCCCGAAGUCGUUCUCCACCUGGGCUGGAGCGAGAAGGCGGAUCUCUGGAGCUUGGGUUGCAUCCUGUGGGAACUUUACAGUGGCAACAUGCUCUUCGAGACUCACAACAGUGCUGAGCAUUUAGCCAUGAUGGAACGAAUCUUGGAACCAUUCCCAGAGUCGAUGCUCUCGCGGGUCAGCGGCAAGACGAAGACGCGCUUUGUGGCGGAAGUCACGGAGGAUCAGCACCGGCUGCAGUGGCCCAAGAACGCCGAGUCUGAGAGAUCCGUGCUGAAAGUCUGGAAACAGUGGCCUCUGGAAGAUCGGGUGCCUGCUGAGCACUUGGACUUCGUGCAGUUCCUGCGGGGGCUCCUGGCGUUGGAGCCCUGGCGGAGAGAGGUGCCGCAGCAGUGCAGGUUCCUCUCCAUGGAGUACAAGGAAUGA